UGGCCCGUUGCGGGCCCAUCCCAAUUCCCACAUCGACUGAUCAAAGGGAAGGGACGACCAGUACGUGGUGGGCAAAGCACAAAUCUUGCCUCCUGGAAGUGGGAAAUUAAGGGAAAGAGAGAGAAAGAGAGUUACCAUAUUGGAAUUUGGAAAGAAUGGAGCUGAAAGCUGAAAACUUGACGAAAGGGCAUCUCUAUUGAUCUGAUCAUUGUUUAGAUAUUCAUUUCUGCUCACUUCGCAACGCUGAGGAUAGUUUUCAUCGCUCUACGGUUUCUCAAACUCUCCAUUGAUUUGGUUCUUUUCCCUUACUAUGGGAGGUGUUGUUUCGGGGAAGACUGAGUCACUUGAGACCGAUAUUGUUGAGUCCAAGCUUGAAGCUAAAAUGGUGGAAGUUAUGCAGGGUAGAGCAUCUAAAGGAAGCUCUCUUAAAUCAUUUAACAGCAUUAUAUUGAAGUUUCCCAAGAUUGAUACUAGUUUCAGAAAGUGCAAGGAUAUCUUUAAGCAAUUUGAUGAGGACAGAAAUGGGACUGUAGAUCAAGAGGAGCUGAAACAUUGUUUCCAUAAGUUGGAGGUUAAUUUUACAGAAGAGGAAAUUAAUGAUCUCUUUCAGGCAUGUGAUAUUAAUGAGGAUAUGGGAAUCAAGUUCAAUGAGUUCAUUGUCCUUCUCUGCCUUGUCUACCUUUUGAAGGAUAAGUCUUCUGCAAUUCAAGCGGAACCAUUGAUGCCAAAUUUGGAUUCAACGUUUGAGACAUUGGUGGAUGCAUUUGUGUUCUUGGACAAGAAUAAGGAUGGAUAUGUGAGCAAAACAGAGAUGAUUCAGGCAAUAGACGAAACAGGGGAAAGGUCAUCUGGCAGAAUAGCCAUGAAACGAUUUGAAGAGAUGGACUGGGACAAAAAUGGAAUGGUGAACUUUAAAGAAUUUCUAUUCGCUUUCACCGGUUGGGUUGGUAUCGACGAUGAAGACGACGACGAAGAGUCUUGAGGAGAUUUCCGAGAAAUAAGGAAGAAGAGAUGUAAAUAAAUCUCUAACCUUCCUUAGAUAAUGAUAGUAUGACAGUUUACAUUCCACUUCAGGUCAGAUAAGUUCAUCACAAGCAGUAGCACGAUAACUGAAACUUGUCGAGAAAGAACAAUAUAAUCGUAAUUUGGUGCAUUUUGUUUUGUCUGUAAAUAAUCUCGACGUUUGUUCAAAUACUAUAUAUCUAUAUCAUCAUGUUCCUCUUCUCCU